AUGGAGGCUUUUUUCCCAUUUUUGCUGGAGUCCCUGCCCCCCAUCCCCCAAUCCCCCCAUGCUGCUCCAUUCCUCAUCCUCUCCACCCUCCAAGAACCUGCUUGGCUGGGGUCUUCAGCAGCUGGCCCAGGGCUCCCCACCAGUGGCGAGGAGGGAGAAAAUGCGAGACAGGAGCUGGGAAGCCGCCAGCGGAUAAGCUCAGACCAAAGAGCUCCCCGGUGGGGAAGCGCUGGCCCCCGGGACAGCCGGAUUCCAGAACAGUCGCCAUCAUCUCAUCGGUGCUGGCUCGCAGAAAAAGGCUUUGAGAACCAGCUUGCAGAGUUGCAAGGAUUUAAACAUAACAGGCAGGGCGAUCGGGGGAAGGGAGAGGGGAGGUUGGGCCACCGGCCACACCCCCAACCAGAGCCUUCGCUGUGCUGUGGGCUCUGCUCUCAGGGGCAGCAACGGCCCUGGGGUCAGUCUGAGAGUGCUCUGGCUGCCACUGCUAGCCUGGGGGUGUCUGGGACACGGGACAACGACCCCAGGAAUGGGGGAGGGCCGGGUGCCAUGAAGCCAGUGCAGGUUGUCACACUUUGGUGGGUGCUACUGCUGGUGUCCAGGCUGGGGGCCGCCAGGAAGGGAUCCCCAGAAGAGGCCUCCUUCUACUAUGGAACCUUCCCACUUGGCUUCUCCUGGGGCGUGGGCAGUUCUGCCUUCCAGACAGAGGGAGCGUGGGACCAGGAUGGCAAAGGGCCCAGCAUCUGGGAUGCCUUCACUCACAGCGGGAAGGGGAAGGUGCUUGGGGAUGAGACAGCAGAUGUGGCUUGUGAUGGUUACUAUAAGGUGCAGGAGGACAUCAUCCUGCUGAGGGAGCUGCGUGUGAGCCACUACCGAUUUUCCCUGUCCUGGCCUCGGCUCCUUCCCACGGGUGUCCGAGCUGACAAGGUGAACAAGAGGGGAAUCAAAUUCUACAGCGACUUCAUCGACGCCCUCCUGAAGAGCAAUAUCACCCCCAUCGUGACCUUGCACCACUGGGAUCUCCCGCAGCUGCUCCAGGUCAAGUACGGCGGAUGGCAGAAUGGGAGCAUGGUCAACUACUUCGGUGAUUACGCCGAUCUGUGCUUUGAGGCCUUUGGGGACCGGGUGAAGCACUGGAUCACUUUCAGUGAUCCUCGGACAAUGGCAGAAAAAGGCUUCGAGACGGGCCACCACGCUCCAGGCUUGCAACUCCACGGCACGGGCCUGUACAGGGCAGCACACCACAUCAUUAAGGCCCACGCCCAGGCCUGGCACUCCUACAACAGCACGUGGCGCGCCAAGCAGCGAGGUCUGGUGGGGAUCUCACUAAACUGCGACUGGGGAGAGCCCGUGGACAUCAGUAGCCCCAAGGACAUAGAAGCCGCCGAGAGAUACCUACAGUUCUGCCUCGGCUGGUUCGCCAACCCCAUCUACGCCGGAGACUACCCCCAGGUCAUGAAGGAGCGGAUCGGGAAAAAGAGUGUGGAGCAAGGCCUGGAUAUGUCAAGGUUACCAGUGUUCUCACUCCAAGAAAAGAGCUACAUUAAAGGCACAUCUGAUUUCUUGGGAUUAGGUCAUUUUACUACUCGGUACAUCACCGAAAGGAACUACCCCUCCCGCCAGGGGCCCAGCUAUCAGAAUGAUCGUGAUUUAGUAGAACUGGUUGACCCAAACUGGCCUGAUCUGGGGUCUAAAUGGCUAUAUUCUGUGCCGUGGGGAUUUAGGAGGCUCCUCCACUUUGCUCAGACUCAAUAUGGCAAUCCUCCCAUCUAUGUGACAGAAAACGGCGUGUCUCAAAAAUUACACUGUACGCAAUUAUGUGAUGAGUGGAGAAUUCAGUACCUUAAGGGCUACAUAAAUGAAAUGCUAAAAGCUAUAAAAGAUGGUGCUAAUAUAAAAGGGUAUACUUCCUGGUCUUUGUUGGAUAAGUUUGAAUGGGAGAAAGGAUACUCUGAUAGAUACGGAUUCUACUAUGUUGAAUUUAACAACCGAAAUAAGCCGCGCUACCCAAAGGCAUCAGUUCAAUAUUACGAGAAGAUUAUCACUGCCAAUGGAUUUCCCAAUCCAAGAGAGGUGGAAAGUUGGUAUCUCAAAGCCUUGGAAACUUGUUCUAUCAACAACCAGAUGCUUGCUGCAGAGCCUCUGCUAAGUCACAUGCAGAUGGUGACAGAGAUCGUGGUACCUACAGUCUGCACCCUCUGUGUACUCAUCUCUGCAGUUCUCCUGAUGCUCCUCCUACGGAGCCAGAGCUGAGACGGGGUUACAGGUUUUAUAGAUUAAUCUUUCAUCAAGGAUCUUCAGGAUCUUCCUCCUUUCUCUGCUUUGAAGGUUUAUAUACAUUUCUGUUUUCAGGCUCUGUGAUUAAAAAUAUAUAUAUAUAUAUUUUUGGGUCUUGUGCUGGGAUUUAAAAACUAGAAAAUAAAAAUAAGCAUAAAUGAAA